AUGUACCUCUUUAACCUCCACCAUCAAAUCCACCUCCUCAAUCGCGACAACAAGUGGCCGCUCCCACCCCAAAUCAUGCCGCCACACAACAACACCAAGACGGCCUCCUCUUCCUCCAACCUGCAUCCCACAAUCCCUACCCCUACCCCUUUCACCUCAACCCACCCACCAACUCGAAAAUCCCCUCGAGCCAUCUCCCCCACCUCCGACGACAACCUCUCCGCCCUUCCCCCAAACCUAGCCUCCCUCACCCUCUCCUCCUCUGCCCAAAACCGCACAAUUAUCCUCGGGCCAAUCAACUUCCCCCCCACCGCCAUCAGCGUCAUCACCAACCUAGCCAACACCUCCUUCCCUUCUAUCAUCGACGGCAAAUCCUCCUAUAUCAAAAUCGAGUCCAAAACCAUUGCCUGGGUCGUGAUCAAAAUUGGCAUGCGCGCCACGCUAGACUCCAAGAAGAAAUUCGCAGAAUUCACCCGCCAAUGGGUGGGUUUUUUAUGUGGGGGUUUCAAAGAGCUGUGGUACCACGGUUGGGGGUUUGUAACCGUUGUUCAAAACCCGCUUGAGCCGCCGACGGUGGGGAGGAAGAUUUUGGCCCAGAAACAAAACGUGGAUUAA